AUGGGUGAAAGAUCUCCUCUUCCUGUGAUCGUCUUCUCUCUUUCCGUACUUUGCAUUGAGCUCGGGAUCUCGGAUGGUUUCUCCAUGAUCCGCUGUCAAGAGACAGAGAGGAAAGCCCUCAUGGAGUUCAAGCAACGAGUCCGUGAUCCUUCCCAUCGUCUUUCUUCCUGGGUUGGGGAGGAUUGUUGUAGUUGGGAAGGCAUCCGCUGCAGCAACGUCACUGGCCAUGUUAUCGAGCUCCACCUUCGCAAUAGACAUCGGUCAGAUGUUUCAUACAUGGAUUGCUCUGAGACUAACUUCGAUGAUGAUGAUGUUGGAUGCAGAUGGGCACUGCACGGUGGCAUAACUCCAUCAUUGCUUUCUCUCCAACACCUUAAUCAUUUGGAUCUUAGCGGCAACAACUUUGAAGGAAAUCGUAUCCCAGAGUUCUUGGGAUCAUUUAGAAGACUAACAUAUCUUAAUCUCUCAAGUGCAGGCUUCGGAGGUAGAGUACCUGAUCAGCUGGGAAAUAUCUCCACCUUGCACCAACUCGACCUUUCUUAUAAUUUCUACUCGAAUUAUGAUUUGCACAUCGAAAACAUUGGAUGGAUCUCUCGUUUGACUUCUCUACAGCACCUUUACAUGAAUUGGGUUAGUUUUAGAAAUGUGUCCAAUUGGUUACAAGCAUUGAACACGCUCUCUCGUAUUCAAGUGAUUGAAUUAGUUUCUUGUGACUUGAGGACCUUUCCUCCGUCGCUGCCUCAUGUCAACUUCACAUCUCUUACAACUCUAAAUUUGGAAGACAACAUCAUCAACUCUACCGUGCCAGACUGGCUGUUUAAUAUAACCAGCCUCGAGGAGCUUUAUCUUUGUUGGAAUUACCUAUAUGGGCAAACUCCUGAUACUAUUGCCAAGUUGACAAAUCUCAGGGCACUCGACUUGUCUGGUAAUAUGUUCCACGACGACUUCAGACUAGAAGCUCUAUCCAAUCUCAGCAAGCUCCAAAUUCUCUACCUAGAAGAGGUACCAAUCAACGAUAUGCUGUCCAAUCUAGAAUCGGUUUUCUCUGGAUGCCUAAUGUUUAGCUUAAAGGAAUUGGAUCUCCACGGCACCCAGUUGAGAGGUUCCUUGCCGGAUUGGUUGGGGAACUUCAAGAAUCUCAAGUCUCUUCGUCUUUCAUACAACUUCCUCUACGGAUCAGUUCCUGCAUCUCUUGGAAAUCUAUCAUCGCUGCAAUCUUUGUUUUUAUACUCCAACGAUUUGAACGGGUCGAUUUCAGAAGGCAUCGGAGGACUGAAGGGCCUUAUCAAUUUGGAUCUCUCUAAUAACUCAUUUCGCUUUUCAAAGGUUCACUUUGCUAAUUUAUCGAGUUUAAAGUUCUUGGACAUUUCAUAUAGCUAUAUUGAUUUGAAUAAAGGUGAUGACUGGAUCCCUCCUUUUCAGCUUCAAAGUCUCUAUAUGUUCUUCUGCCAAAUAGUGCCGAGGCCUCAUUUUCCGAAAUGGCUCCGAUUGCAAACAACUCUUCGUGGUUUAGAUUUAUCAAGUACAAGUAUCAAAGAAAGGAUUCCCAACUGGCUUCCUUCCUCUCUCGAGUAUUUGUAUCUUUCCAAUAAUAAGAUUAGCGGUGAUUUGCUACAAUAUCUUCCAAACCUAAUUUCUUUGGAUCUCUCAAACAACUCGCUCUCAGGCCACCUUUCUCCAAGAAUCGCAAACAUCAUGCCAAAUCUUGAGGUUUUGGAUCUCUCUGGCAAUAAGAUUGCUGGUGAGCUGCCACAACUUUUUGGAAAGCAAACUUACUAUUUGGAUCUCUCAAAUAACUCGUUCUUGGGUCAUCUUUCAUCAAAAAUCUCAAACACAAUGCAAUAUUUAUAUUGGUUUGAUUUAUCUAUGAAUCAUCUGAGUGGGAGCAUCCCCUUGUCCUUUUGCCAAAAUAAGUAUUUGCUAGUGCUUCGAAUUUCAAAAAAUAAUUUAUCAGGAGAGAUUCCUAAUUGCUGGAAAAAUUUCUCGAGUUUGUUUAUUUUGGACGUAUCGAGCAACAAAUUACAAGGAAGAAUUCCCAACUCCCUCAGCAAUUUGCGAAGCCUACAGUCACUGCAUCUGAGCAACAAUAAUUUAAUAGGGCAAAUUCCUCUAUCCUUAAAAAGUUGUACAAACUUGGUUACUCUUGAUUUGGGCUACAACAACUUCAUUGGAAAUAUACCAGCUUGGAUUGAAGAAAGCCUACCAUUCCUUAAGACUCUCAGCUUAAGGUCGAAUGCCCUCACCGGAAGCAUUCCUGAAUUAUCUCAUCUUACAUAUCUGCAGAUAUUGGAUCUCUCCAAUAAUGCAUUUUCAGGAGCAAUACCACGUAGCUUGGGCAACUUCAGUUCAUUGAAGAGGUCUUCUUCAAGUGAAUUAUACUUCAACAACUAUAGCUACGAUGACGAAAUGUGGCUCUUCAUAAAAGGGAGUGAACUCGAGUAUACUACAAGACUGCUUUCAAUUGAUAAAGUUAUUGAUCUCUCCAACAACAGUUUGUCUGGAUACAUCCCUGAGGAGUUGGGAAAUUUGCAUGAAUUACGGAGCUUAAAUCUAUCGAGAAAUUGCCUAACAGGGGAGAUACCGAGCAAUAUUAAUGGAAUGCAACAAUUAGAAAUUCUUGAUCUCUCCAGAAAUAAUUUGUCUGGAGCAAUUCCUUCAACCUUGGCGGCGUUAAAUUUCCUGAGUGAUUUGAACUUAUCAUAUAACAAUCUUUCAGGUAGAAUUCCCACUGGUAGUCAAUUACAAACAUUUACUGAUCCAUCUAUCUAUAUCGGCAAUUCAGAUCUUUGUGGCUCUCCUCUCACCAAAUAUUGUCCAGAAGAUAUGCCAACAAAAGGUAAAGAAGAAGAGGAAAAAAAAAAAUCUAAGGACAGAAUUGAAAGUAUUUGGCUAUACAUGUGCCGUGCACUAGGAUUUAUCGUGGGAUUUUGGACGAUUUGUGGAAGCAUCUUAUUGAACUCGAGAUGGAGGAUUGCUUACUUCCAUGCUAUUGAUAGCAUGUGUGAUAGGCUCUAUGUGGUGCUGGUACUGAAUGUGGCAAUGUUCAAGAGGAAGCUACUGGUAGGAGGUCAAGUUGACUAA